GAAAUUACCAAUAAAUUUUCUGACAAGCAAAAAAUUGGUGAGGGUGGGUAUGGAAAAGUUUACAAGGUAUGUUCUAUAAGUUCAACUUUUUGGUUUUCUAUUUUGCAAUAGGAUAUCAUUCGACGCCUAAACCAUGUUAAAUAAAAACAACCCUAGACUAUAGGAGGUAUUAACCACUGACUAUUACUCCAUCUAACAAAAUAAUAUAAGCAUAUCAACUUUGAUACGUCUAGAAGUUUACCUGAUUGAAAAAGAUAAUGUCGAGUGAUGUAACAAUAAAUACAGAUAGGGUGUUUUUAGUUCCACGCCAAAAUUGGAAGUUUAACUAAAAUUGAAAGUUUGAAGAAAAAAGUUGAAAGUUUAUGUGUGUCGAAAAGCUUUGAUGUGAUGGAAAAGUUGAAAGUUUGAAGAAAAAAUUGGGAACUAAACAAGAGCUAAGUAGCAUAGAUCUAUGAAUAUUUUUUAUUUGUGGACAAAUUUAAAACACUAUAAAUAUAAUACUUAUGGACGUGUCGCUCAAGCUCGAGUCGAGCUUGGUUUAGAUACGAGCUUGGGCUCGAGCUCAGCUCACUAAAGCCUCGAGCUUUGUCGAGCUUAACUAAUGUGGCAGUAUUAGAUUUGUAGUACUAUCGUUUUUAAACAUUAUAUAACCAAUAGUAGUAGUAGCAUUAAAUGGAGGCAUGAAGCUGGGUUGCAUGCAUGCUUGUACUAGUAGGGCCGAGUUUAGAUGCAAAAUUUUUCUUCAAACUUUCAACUUUUUCAUCACAUCAAAACUUUCCUACAUACAUAAACUUUUAACUUUUCCGUAACAUCAUUCUAAUUUCAAUAAAACUUCUAAUUUUAACACACCCUAGUACUAGUAGAGGCUAGGUACUAGUAGUACUAGCAGAGACUAGGGCCUGCCUCCACGCCAUGCUCUGCUUUUCUUCAGCUUUUUCUUGGGAGAUGAAUCAAGUACUACUACUCUACUAGUAGACUAGCACUGCUUCUAGCUGUUGCAUGGAAAAUUUGAAAGAACUGGAGGGAGAGUAAUGCCAGCUCAAAAGAAACGGAGAGAACUCUAGGCUCGACGAGCUAUUCGAGCUCGGCUCGUGAAGCUCGUGAGUUUGAAGCUAAGCUUGAGCUUAGUUCGAAUUAAUGACGAAUCGAGCUCAAGACGAGUCUAUAGCGAGCCGAGCUGCUCGUGAGCCUUGAGCUUUUUUACAUCCCUAGCGCACAGUAGCGCGUUAAUCUUAAAGCGAGACCUCUCAAUUUUCCAAUUUCAUUUGUUACUUUUUUGUCACAGUCCCCCCUACUUUCUAUUAUCUAAAACUCAAAUAAAAUUUUCUCUUAAAAUAUUUAUCCAAUUUAUAAUCCGGUUACACAAAUGUGUUUGUUGCAAUUAAAUAUUUAUAACACAAUUUUACAUGAUUAUAUUAUAAUAAAAAGGAAAAAAAGUAUGAAUUAUUACUCCCGAACUAUCGCGGUCGACCGAAUUACCCUCUAAACCCAAAAACCAGUCAUCAUUUACCCUGAAUUUUCAAUACUGGACAAAUACCCCCCCUGACCCAAUCUAGAGCGGUUUUGUCUAACGUGGUGCACGCGUGGCAAUCCAGUUAGCAUUUUAUUUAAUUAAAAAAUGUGGGACCCACCUGUUAUACUCCUCUUCCACUCCUCCUCUCUCUCUUGUCUCUCUCGCUCUUCCUCUCUCUAGCGCAGCGUGCAUGACGAGGACGGGCGGUGGGCAUGGGCGGUUGGCGAGGACAGCGCGGGGAAGGGCGAUGGGCGUGGGCGGUCGGCGAGGACGGUGUGGACGUCGGCGCUCAGGGCGGCACGCACGGCACGGCGGCAGGCAGGCGUUUGGCGCCGUGGUCCGGAAGGGAGCAACGGCGGUGAGGGACACGGAGGCGGCGACCGCGUGGGACACGGAGGUGGCGACCGCGCGGGACACAGAGGCAGCGGCGGCGAACUCCACCUCCGCCUCCAGCCGCUGCCUGCGCCACAGGCCGCCGCCCCCAUCCCGAGCCCCACCUCCAGCUGCAUCCACCAUCGCCCGCCAUCCUUAUCCCGAGCCCCGCUUCCAGCCUCCUUCGCCACCAGCCACCGCCCCCAUCCCGAGCACCAUCUCGACGGCGAAGAAGACUGGACCUUCCCCUCUGCGUCCCGCGCCACCGUUUCUCCCUCCCAGAGGUGGAGUUAAUUCGCUGCUGCCGCCUCUGUGUCCCGCGCCGUUGCUGCUCCCUCCCAGACUGCGGUGAACCAACCGCUUGUCGUUCGAGUCCCAUCGCAUGAUGCCGAUGCGCAGCCGGCGGAGGAGAUAUCGACACGCCGUACUCCGUCUCCUUCAGCGUGCUGCCGUCGCCUUCGGGGAUACAGCUCGGCGCGUCCAGCUGCCGCUGGCGCAGAUGCUGAGGCAGCAGGCGAGGUUCCACUCGGAGCCGACCUUGACGGUGAUCAGGGGACGAGCCGACGACGAGGCGGCGCCGGUGCCCCGGAGCGACAGCACGCGGGACCGGCGGUUCGACCAGUUCAAGACCUUCUCCGGCUACCUCGAGCGCCAGUUCUCCAGUCCAGCCUCCGCGGGAUGCUGCCGUAGGAGUUGCCGAUAUCGAGACGGCAGACUCGAAGAUCUCCGAGGAGGAGGUCGACGGCGGCGAGGUGCCCACCGUUGACCGCUACUUCGCCGCGCUCGAGGGCCCCGAGCUCGACACCCUCCGAGUACGUACACAAUCAACCACGUCGCUUCUAAACCUUAGCUAGCUCAAAAUUUCUUGCCAUUGUAAUGACUAAUAUGAGGACGACGACGAUGUCGGCGUGAGUUCGUGCAAGCGAUAGAGGUGCCGGUGCUUCCCGAGGACGAGAGCCAGCCAGACGAUGAGCAGCCAGGCGAUGCUGUGGAAGACGGUGGCGUCGGAUCCCUCCACGGCGUUCCUCCACAACAGCCUCGACGUCAACAACGUCCUGUGGUGGUUGUCCGUCGCUCUCAUGGGCCUCGUCUCGGCCAUCUACCUCGCCGAAUGCCUGCCUGCCGCCGUGCACGCCGCCGUCUAUGCCGUUCUUGCCGACCGCCCACGCCCACAGCCCGUCCCCGCGCCGCCGUGCGUGCAGCGCGAGAGAAAGGAAGAGCAAGAGAGAGAGAGAGAAAAGAGAGAGAGAGAGGAGGGAAAGAGGAGUAUGACAGGGAGUACAUAAUGGGAAGGAGAUUGCUGUGAAGAAACUUAAUUUGUUGCCGGGACUCAAUGAUACGGUAUUCAAAAAUGAAUCUCUUAACCUUAUGUCUGUCCAGCAUCAAAAUAUUGUGAAAUUAAUUGGCUACUGCUAUGAAACGAAAAAUAAAGUUGUUGAAUAUAAUGGCAAACUUACUUAUGCUGAAAUAAGUGAGCGAGUUAUCUGCUUCGAAUAUUUGAAGCGUGGAAACCUAGCAAAUUUUAUUUCUGAUGAAUCUGGUGGUGGACUUGACUGGACCACGAGGUACAGAAUAAUUAAAGGGGCUUGCGAGGGAUUAAAUUAUCUUCACAAUGGACAAGAAAAGCCUAUUUACCAUCUGGACUUAAAGCCCGAAAAUAUAUUGUUAGAUGAGAACAUGGCACCGAAAAUUGCAGAUUUUGGCUUGUCCAGACUCUUUGAAUCGACAAAAACACAUAUAACGAAAACUGUGAAUGGAACAAGAGGAUACAUGCCACCAGAAUUCAUAGACCAAGGAAAAAUCACUAAGAAGUUUGACGUAUUCAGUUUGGGCGUCAUAAUUAUACAGAUAAUCGCUGGAAUUGACGGCUACAGACAGUGUUGUGACAUGUCGUCCACCCAAGAAUUUGUUGAUUAUGUAUAUGCAAAAUGGAACAAAAGAGUGCAGGGAAUAUCGAGGUAUGCAUCGCGCGAAGCAGACAUGCUCGCAGUGAGACAAUGUAUUGAAUUAUCGUUAAGAUGUGUGGAGGCCAACCGAGACAAAAGGCCUGCGAUAAAUGAUAUAAUCCAUCAACUGAACGAGUUAGAUGCUGAGAUUGAAAACAUGUUUAUGCGUCAGCCCAAGUCACUUUUGGGCCAGAAAAGCUCUGAAUCCAAAUAUGUUGGGCUUGAUCCUGUCCGCGAGCUUCGAUUCCCCUUCGAGGUAAAGAAGGAUAUAUCAUGCUGUCUGCAGCUAACAAACCAGACGGAUUACUUCAUCGCGUUUAAUACAAAGGCAAACCAAAAGAAGUAUAGCACACAACCAAACAAAGGAACCAUUGCACCAUGGUCCAGUUGCUAUGUCACUGUAACCAUGAAAGCACAGGAGACGGCACCCCCGUAUUUGCAGUGCCAUGACAUGUUCGUUGUGCAGAGCACUAGAGUGAAUGAGGACCUCGAACCUGAAACUGAAGAUAUCACUGAAGAAUUGUUCAAGAAAACAAUGGGUAAGGUCGUGGAUGAGGAGAAGCUGCCGAUCGUUUAUGUGGCGUUGCCCCAGGCAGAAAGCUAGCUGUUUCACCUGCCAGUCAUUGAAUAAAAUCAACGAAAAUAGCCUGAAAUAUGUAUUCCGAUUGAGCAUUUUAUUUGCGUGUUCAGGGUUAAUGUUUGAUGUUUGCACUCGUUUUCUUACGGUUUAAAAGUUGGUUGAAACCAAAUGUAGGAUUUGCUACUACAUUUAUAUAUCCACGAUGUAAUAAGUUCUUUAAUUUGUGCUCAAACUCGCAGAAGUCACCAUCAGAACAGCUUAUUUAUUUAGGUAAUUUGGAA